AUAGUAGUUCAUAUUAUCUGUUCUAAUUGGAAUAAUGUUUUUGUUACAGGAAUGUGGUAUACAACCUCAGUCUCACAGACCUGACAGAGCAACGGCGUCUAGUGUGGUAUUCGCCAGAAAACGACGUCAAAAUGUGCGUCGUUAAAGGGAAAGACGAGGAAAGCUGUCAGAACUACAUCCGCGUGCUGGUGUCGCUGGGCCCUGGCAGGCUGCUGGUCUGCGGCACCAACAGCUUCAAGCCCUUCUGCCGGGAGUACGGUGUGCAGCGCGACUCCUACCACAUGGAGCGCGAGAAGUCCGGACAAGCCGUCUGUCCUUACGACCCGGAACAUAACUCCACGGCAGUUUAUGCUGAUGGAGAGUUAUAUUCAGGGACCGUAGCAGACUUCAGUGGGAUGGAGCCUAUCAUCUAUAGAGAACCUCUACAAACGGAACCUUAUGACUCGAUGACGCUAAAUGCUCCCGACUUCGUCAAUUCGCUGGUGCACGGCAAUUUCGUCUAUUUCUUCUUCAGAGAAACGGCUGUAGAAUAUAUCAACUGCGGCAAGUCGGUGUUCUCACGGGUGGCGCGAGUAUGUCGUGACGACCGCGGAGGGCCGCAUCGUUUCAAGCAGCGGUGGACCUCCUUCCUGAAGUCACGGCUCAACUGCUCCGUCGCUGGAGACUUCCCAUUCUACUUCAAUGAAAUACAAUCAACAACGGAACUCAUAGAGGGUGUUUACGGUGGUCUCAGUGCACAAUUGAUAUAUGGCACCUUUACUACACCACCUAACAGUAUAUCUGGAAGUGCUGUCUGCGCGUUCAGCAUGCAAGACAUCGCUGACACAUUCGAAGGCACAUUCAAAGAACAGAGUGCCAUCAACUCUAAUUGGUUACCUGUCAACAGUGCAAAGGUGCCAGAACCCCGGCCAGGAACGUGCCACAACGACUCAAGGCAGCUUCCAGACCAGACGCUCAACUUUAUAAAGACGCAUGCACUGAUGGACGAAUCAGUGCCUGCAUUCUUCGGGGAACCGAUAGUUAUAAGGACUAGUUUCCACUAUCGGUUCACGCAAAUCGCCGUGGACCCACAAGUGAAGACACCCGGUGGAAAAGCUUAUGAUGUCCUAUUUAUUGGAACAGAUAAUGGCAAAAUUAUUAAAGCUAUCAAUGCUGUAUCUUACGAUUCGAACAAAAGGGCUGUGCCCGUAGUAAUAGAAGAGCUCCAAGCUUUCGCUGCUGGCUCUCCAGUUAGAGCUUUAAGGGUGGCGAGAGCAGGAAGAGACGCCGCUCGACUUAUAGCAGUAUCUGAUAGAGAAGUUCUGAGUUUAAGACUCCAUAGGUGUUCCAGUGAUAAGAUCAGCUCGUGCUCUGAAUGUGUAGCACUCCAAGACCCGUAUUGUGCGUGGGAUAAACAGGCGGGGCGUUGCCGCGCCUACUCGCAUGGCGUCAGUCGCUGGCUCGACGAGAACUCCUUCUACCAGAGCGUCAGUACCGGAAGCCACGCCGCCUGCCCACAUAGUAAAGAUGCCGGAGCCGUUGGAGGUUUAAGUUCUGGCCUAUACGAUGAAGCCCGAGGGGAAACUAAGGGAGAAGUCAUCAACAUAGUUCAAGAUAAGGACGGUAAAGGAAGCAACAAUAACAAUGAAGGUCCUGAAGUGAUGACCGCAGACCCUCCGCCCGCCGCGUAUUCAGUGGAAACUCUCGCACUAGCAGUAGCCGCGGGAGCAUUGGCCGCACUAGGUGCUGGGUUCGCGGCCGGAUACAUCUGCGGCCGCCGCUGCAAGAAGGAUGAAGACGACAAUAUGCCCUACCCAGACACCGAGUACGAGUACUUCGAGCAGAGGCAGAACAUCAACAGGAUCCAAGCAGAGCCCAAGCUUCUGCAACAAGUGGAAGAAGUAACAUACGCUGAGCCCGUACUAGCGCCUCAGCCAAAACCUGCGUCCCCGCGCGCCACCCUCCGCAAGCACCCCCCCUACCACCCCCACCACGAGACGCUGUUCCAGUUCCAGCCGGACGCGUACCGCCGCGACAACUUCGGCACAUUACGCUCCCACCAGGUCAAUGGCGAUGGCUACCGGCGCGGCAACGACAACGGCUUCUCGACCACGCGCUCAGUGAAGAAGGUGUACCUCUGA